AUGUUCGGCAGCAGAUCUGGGACCCCAAACAGCACAGAAGACCUCUGCAGCAGCAGCAGCACUAAAGGAGAUGGAACAGCACCCCGGCCAACUGUGGCCUCCAUCAGAGAACUGAUGGAGAACAGGUAUGGAGAGAAGGGGCCUGCCGUCCGGAUUGAGAAGGUGCUUUACACGGGCCGAGAGGGAAAGAGCUCUCAGGGCUGUCCUAUCGCCAAAUGGGUGAUCCGUCGCAGCGGCCUCACAGAGAAGCUGCUGUGUCUGGUGCGUCACCGGGCGGGUCACCACUGUGCCAACGCCGUCAUCGUCAUCCUCAUCAUGGCGUGGGAGGGCGUGCCCCAGGCGCUAGGCGACAAGCUGUACCGCGAGCUCUCCGAGACCCUCACCAAGUACGGCAACCCCACCAGCCGGCGCUGCGGCCUGAACGACGAUCGUACGUGUGCAUGCCAAGGCAAGGACCCGGACACCUGUGGAGCCUCCUUCUCCUUCGGCUGCUCCUGGAGCAUGUACUUCAACGGCUGCAAAUACGCUCGCAGUAAAAUACCACGCAAGUUCAGACUGCAGGGAGACCGGCCAGAACAGGAGGACAAACUCAGGGAUAACUUGCAGGAACUAGCGACAAAGGUGGCCCCCUUGUACAAGCAGCUAGCCCCAAAGGCCUACAGCAACCAGUGUCUGAACGAGGAGACGGCCACAGACUGCAGACUGGGCCUGGAGGAGGGGAGGCCCUUCUCAGGGGUCACGGCCUGCAUGGACUUCUGCGCCCACGCCCACAAGGACCAGCACAACCUCUACAACGGCUGCACGGUGGUGUGCACUCUGACCAAGGAGGACAACCGCACGGUGGGAGAGCUCCCUGAGGACGAGCAGCUCCACGUCCUGCCCCUCUACAAGGUGUCCAACACCGACGAGUUCGGCAGCGAGGAGAACCAGCGGCUCAAGAUGCGGACGGGCGCCAUCCAAAUGCUCAACGCCUUCAGGCGCGAGGUGCGGAAGCUUCCGGAGCGCGCCAAGUCGUGCCGUCAGCGGCGGCUGGAGGCCAAGGCCAAGGCGUCGGAGAAGAAGAAGGGCAAGCUGCAGGGCGGGGACACGCCCGGCAAGACUGAUGUCAUCAGAGCCGAGGUCACACUCACUGGCGCCCCUCAAACACCGCUAGGCAAUAAAGCGAUCCCUAAACAGGAAGUGAAGCCCACCAUCAAGAAGGAAGCGUUCAUUAAGAAGGAGCCCUUCAACGGAGCCCUCCCUGAGGGUUACCCCCGGCAGGGGCCAGAGCCCUACGGGGUCUACCCCCACCCUGCUCACCCAGCCUACUACACCAGGGGGGGUCUUCCCCCCGGGGGGCCGCACCCAGCUCCAGGGGCCGUCAACGGCUACCACCCCAAUCUACCGGCUCUACCCUACGGGUACUUUAAUUACCCCCCCAAUGCACUUUUCCCCCCGGAGCUCAUGGGCUACGACGGCCGCAGCGGCCCCUGGCCCAAAGUGGGGGUCAAGGCCGAGCCCCUGGACCAGAAACCUGACGUCCAGGGGCUGCAGGCCCGCCUCGCCCACCCCUACGCCAGCCACCCCGAGCCACUGCCGCAGCAGCACCCCGCCCCCCGCCCCCAGCACAUCCAAUCGCGACCCUCGUCCGUCUCCUCCGAGGCCUCCCACCGAGGCACCCCCGUCAUCAAGCCAGAGCCCAUGGACGUCCCCGUCUACGAGGGCCCGGGGCCUGGCCGCACCGCCACGCCCAGCUCCACGCCGCAGCCAGACGCCUGGCCAACCCACAAGCCCAACGGUGGCAUCCUGCCCGGCGGCUGGGACGGGAGCGGCCAGCUGACCGCCGGCGCGGCCAACCCCGCCUUCACUCAAGACCGGCAGCAGCCCUCGCCCUACCUCCAGCAUCAGCAGUGGAACUCCUACCCGGGCCCCAACACCCCCAUGGCCUCUCCCGCCCCCUCCCCCUCCCCCGCCAUGAAGGCAGCCCCCUCCCCGGCCUCGUCACCGCACCCAGGCACCCCCCGUCACUGGGACAGCCCCGCCCCUAGCCCUCAGUCAAAGGCCUGGCCCCCGGCAGCCUACAGCCCUGCUCUGAAGCACGGCCAGCCGGCCGGAGCCUUCCCCGAAAAGAUGUGGUCGAAGGCGGGCGAGAGCCGGAGCUCCACCCCCCUGGGGGUGCAGGAGAAGGCGUGGAGGUCGUGCGGGGGCUCGGUGGCCGGCAGCACGCCGUCCCCCGCCCCCGAGGGCCGCCUGUUCCCGGACGCCCUGCAGCAGACGGCCGACGGCUGCUGGGACGCCAACCGCGCCGAGAGCGACGCGGAGAGCGUGCGAGGGCAGGACGACGACGAGGUGUGGUCGGACUCGGAGCACAACUUCCUGGACCCCAACAUCGGCGGGGUGGCGGUGGCGCCGGCUCACGGCUCCAUCCUGCUGGAGUGUGCCCGCAGGGAGCUGCACGCAACCACGCCCCUCAAGAAGCCCAACCGCUGCCACCCCACCCGCAUCUCCCUGGUGUUCUACCAACACAAGAACCUGAACCAGCCCAGCCACGGCCUGGCCCUCUGGGAGGCGAAGAUGAAGCUGCUGGCCGAGCGGGCCCGGGAGCGCCAGCAGGAGGCGGCGCUGCUGGGCCUCUCCCAGGAGGAGAUCAAGGCCUACGGGAAGAAGAGGAAGUGGGGGGUGACGGGAGGCGUGGGCGCGGGGGCCAGCCCCGGCCAGGCCAAGGACAAGAAAGAGGGUCCGGCGACGCGCUCGGCCCCCACCCUCCACACCACGUCCACGGUCACGUCCGCUCCCUACGCCUGCACGCAGCUCACCGGGCCCUACAGUCACUUCGUCUGAGGAUGGACACUGAGUCACUGGGGGCCCCCCCCCCUCCCCAGGGCGCUCUCUCAGCCCAGCUCUUGUCUCUCUCUCUGCGUGGUCAGGUGGAGGACAGAGGGGGGUUUUCUUGUGUUUUUACCUCAUGUCAGGCAGCAGUUUGGAACUGACCUUGGGCAAACUCUGCCUGUGGUGCUUGUCUUCCCUCACUAAAGGGGCGGACUCCAUAGCUUCUCCCUCUUCAUAGAAUUUUAAUGAUCCUAAUUAUUGCUAUUAUUAUCAAUAUUAUUAUGAUUGCUCUUGUUACUGUCAAUGUUGUUAUUACAGGUGUUGUUUAUUAUUAUUAUUAUUAUGAGGAAAUCUCUUUCGUUUUUUUUUACAUUGUUGUUUUCAUUAAUGUUAUUAUUAAUGAUGUGAUUGUUUAUGUUUGUUUUUUAAUCGAGAGUCAAGCCGACUCGCUUUUUUUUACCAUGUUUGUGGAAAAAUAUGGUUUUACCUUUGUUUUUCUUUGUUUUCUCCGGCCUUUGUCAAUCUUGUUCCCGGUGGUUUGGGGGAGGGAGGGGGGGUGGUGGUCUCUCUCUCCACACAGCAAGGCUCAAACACCAGACUCCCGCCACCGCGCAACAAUCUGACCCACGCCACGGGAGCAGUCCCACUGCUCCCAGUGAGCGCUGUGAAGCGACCUCACCUGGGCUCUGUCAGGGUGUCGCCACACCUCAGACAGCUUACAUCUCAAGAGCCUCUCUCUAACUGCUCGCCUUGCUGUGACGAGACAGGCUCCUCCUCCUCCUCCUCGUCCAAUCAUCAACCCAUCCACUGGUGCUCCGCCUCCCCUCCGUCCCCUUCCCAGGAGAGUCUCUCCCUUCCUGUCAGUCCUGUGGAGCUUGUUGUUGAUUAAGGGUACUCGUCACUAGUUGACAGAGAGACCCCCACCAACAGGCACCAAGGGGGGGGGGGGGGGGUCCUUAUCUUCCCAGGGCUGUCCAGGCAGUUUUCUCUCGCGAGGAGAACUUCUCCCUGUCGCCUCUAGAGGGCAGUCCUGGAUUCUGUUCAAAUGGUGCAUAGUACACGACACACAUACGCAAACACAGGCACGUUUGUGAGCUCAUGUGAACCAGCAUGGAGCCCUACCUUUCCUCGCAAGCCCAGAGGGGAGCUCAGGUCCCUGGCCACAGGUCAAUGUGAACUUAUGGUCCACACUGGUAUCGUUGAGGCACAUGGAAGGUGGUGAAUAGACAGCUUGUGGUGCUUUGGUGCUUUCGAAAAACACCUUGGUGCUUUCUCUACACACACUAACGAAAAGGUGCGCUGUGCGAUUGCGUUCACGCCGCGUGUCUGCGGUGCGUACACUGUGCUACACAGGGCCAGCCACCCCACCGUGGCUGCUCAGCCCGCUCAGCCAUCACGCUUCCUUUAGUCACCUUUCAGUGUGGAUGUUUCACCCCAAGGGGCCAAGCUGAUUCUAUCCCUCAUGUUUUUCUGCACUAUCACGCUCGACCUGUCCCCAACACUUGUGGCCUUUAUCAGUCCUGGCCAGGAAAUACCGCCCGGAAGUACCGCCCGGAAGUACAGCCCGGAAGUACCGCCCGGAGGUACCGCCCGGAAGUACCGCCUGGAAGUAUAGCCCGGAAGUACUGCCAGGAAGUACUGCCAGGAAGUACUGCCCGGAAGUACAGCCAGGAAGUACUGCCAGGAUGUACUGCCCGGAAGUACUGCCAGGAAGUACUGCCAGGAAGUACUGCCCGGAAGUACUGCCAGGAAGUACUGAAAGGAAGUACUGCCAGGAAGUACUGCCAGGAAGUACUGCCCGGAAGUACUGCCAGGAAGUAUUUCAAGGAAGUACUGCCAGGAAGUACUGCCCGGAAGUACUUCCAGGAAGUACUGCCCGGAAGUGUCAGAGAUAAGAGGGAUAACAUGCUUUUGCGUGCAGGCUAGAGGUUCGAGUCUAGAGGCUGGCUUUAAGCUCGAGGCAGGUUGGAGGCUAGAGGCAGGACUGCAUGGUGGGGUCAGAGGGUCAUGGGAGGACUAGAGGGUAGUUAGUUGGUGCUAAACUGAAUGGUCCGCUGUUGAUCCCACCUCUUGGGGCUCCACAUUCUCAUCCUGUGCACAGUGCGUGUGAGUUUGUGUGCAAGUUUGUGUGGGUGUGAGAGAGAGAGCGAGAGAGAGAGAGAGCGUGAGUGAGCGAGAGA